UUUCAGAAAAUAAACAGACGGUUACAUUUGUCCAAAACGAAGCACAGUAAAUUCAAUGAAUCUGGCCAGCUGGCAUUCUUCUACUUGUUCUCCUUUAUUUGGGGCGGAAGCAUCCUGACUGGAGAGAAAUUUACAACUGAUCCUACUCUCUUAUGGGAAGGAUAUCCACACACUCAUAUGUUUUUUCAGGUGAAGUUUUUCUACAUUUGCCAGAUUGCCUAUUGGCUCCAUGCGUUACCAGAGCUCUAUUUUCAGAAAGUUAGAAAGGAGGAUAUCGCUCGACAGCUGUACUACAUUUGCCUUUACAUAUUCCAUAUUACUGGUGCCUAUAUAUUAAAUCUUCACAGACUGGGCUUGAUUCUCUUGGUGCCGCAUUACCUGGUAGAGCUCUUGUUUCAUGCAUCACGAUUAUUCUACUUCAGUGAUGAGAACAAACAAAAGGGCUUCACUCUCUGGGCUCUACUUUUUGUAAUGGCUCGCCUCCUCACUUUGACUCUGUCUGUCCUCACGCUUGGUUUUGGCCUUGCAAGAGCAGACACUCGAGACUUCUCAGUUGCAAAUGGAAAUUUCAACACGUUGACUGUCAGGAUUAGUUGCUUAGCCGCUAUUUGCCUAACACAAGCAUGGAUGAUGUGGAAGUUUAUCAACUUCCAGCUGAAGAAGUGGAGGGAACACACCCAGAAUCAGAUCCCCAGAAAGAAAGUAGCUAAUACCAAGAGCAAGCCUUCAAAAAAAGAGUAUAACAAGGCUAAUGCAUCAAAUGGAACAGUGAAAACAGAAAGUGGAACUUCACCACGUGCAAGGAAAGCAAAAGCUUCGUGAAGCUGGAUUUUAAAAAUUGGCAAAUUCGAGGGAAAAAGAAACUGUGAUGAUCACAAAUCUCUUCAAUCUUCUCACACCCCAAAACCACUCUACUUUCAUUUCUAUAUGCUAAUCAGAGUUGAGCAAAGAAAGUGAUGGCAAACCCUGUUGAGAGACUCUUUGUGUUCUUAUAAACGAAAAUGAGGUGAAACUGUUGCUGCUCCAAACAGAUCAGCUAUUGGAUGAGGCCUUGAGUGGUCAAUACUCAGCUUUGGGGUGCGCGCAUAUAGUUUUUUUUGUUCUUGUCGGUUUUGAAUGGUGGCUGGAGGACACCUGAAUGGUGAACAAGUAGCUGUGCUAAUUGGGGUGCGAUAGAAAUUGGCCAGUUGGAUGCCUUUACCAAAGGCUGUUUUGGGUCCAGUUACCAAGGCCAUAGGCAUGAAUAUUGGAAUUGCUAACGAUGUGUUAGGAAUUAUAUAUGAAAAUUGUCUUAUUAGCUGGAGACUGGGCCAAUCACAGCUGCAUUAAGUUAUUCUUUAAUUUUCUGUUUCCCGCCCCUUUCUGAUGCUUGUAAUGUUGUGAUGCUUAGAUUUCAAAGUACGCAAACACACCAGAUCCUAACAAACUGUGAAUACAAGUUCAAAUGAAAACUGUAACUGUUCCCCACACUGUUUUUCCUAUCUUGAAAAAUGAGUCAGCGUCACCCUGUCUGGUUAUUAUGUAUCAGUCUCCAUUGUUGCACGAACGAUAUGUUGACCUGAAGUAAUCAUGAUGUUCCUGAACAUAAUAAGGGCACAUGAUUGGAGCAGUGUCCACACUACAGAAACAGGCUUAGACCUCAAUAUUUUUUGGUAGGUUGCUCAAACACACAGUCACUUUUGCUGUAGAGUUUCUGCAGCUUGUUCAGUCCAUUUUGUGAGGAUUUUUCUUUUUUUCUUAAAAAGUUUGAUAAAUGCUGCCAUUUAUACUCCAAACUUUUAUGUAGGGUUUUGUUUUACUUUUGUGGCUUUAGAAGAUAAUGUACGCAUUUGACAUGCAAUCUUUACCCCUCCCUCAAAUUUUAUUAAGUGUCCUUGAUGAAAAAUGUAAAAAUGAUCAGCCAAAAACACCCAUCUUGCAAUUGUACAGGAACUCAGCAAAAUGUUCUUUUCAAGGGGGAGGCUUUUUAAUUUUUUGAGUAAGAAAAUGAUCCUUUCCUGUUUAGCAUUUUGCAUUUUUAGUUGCUUUGCCCGUAGAUGUGUGAUGGGAACUGUGCCUUAACCUUGACAGAUAUUGUCGUCUUCUCUAUUUUUAACAUGAAAAGGCAUCAGAGUUUCUAAACCAUCAUGACCCUAGUCCAUUUCACUGUUUAUUAUUUUCAUCUCAAACAAGAAUGACUUGAGCAUUUUUAACUAAUGUUUAUUUUAAUCAAAGAAGAAAUUCUUCUGUUUUAUGUGGCUCUGGAACAUAGUUGUUUUAAAUGGUGUUUAUCACCAAUAGUAUUUUACAUAUAUUUUAAAACAGAUCAUCUUCAAAACAUACAUUAUGGGGUCUGCUUUGCCCCAUAAUCUUUCCUGCUGAAAGACAAUUAAAUGGUUUUAUAGAUUGUUUCUCUGUUAGCAUUCUCCCAAGUUAUUUUCCUUGUUUAGGAUCCCCAUAUUUAGGAAAAUGUAGCACACUUUUACUUUGGGGUUUAUAAGAGAGAAGAGCGAAGAUGUAAGAGACUAUUUUUACACUCUUUUUGGUUAACAGAUCCUGUUUAACAUAUAUACAUCUACAAAAGUUACUUUAUACCAAUUUAUCACUUUGACAAAGUUGCGCAAUGGGAAGAUACCUCUUAAUAGUUUGUUCUUUAUUUUCUACCAAGUACUGCAAAUAAUUUCAUCAAGCUAACCCAAAUUGGACAUUUUUCAACACGUAGAGCCUUAUUUGUUGGCCAUUUGGCUUUCUCAGAAUCCCUUGGACACACAUACUGAAGUUAUAGUGCAUUUAUGUAUAUCAAACCUACCAAAUGAGCUUGUGUACACAGGCUUACUUUCCUAACUGUCUGUACCAAAUCACCACAUGUACACAUCCUUGCGUACAGAAUCGCCUUAUAUAUGAGCCCACGCUGAUUCUUUUGUU